AUGAUCCCCCCCGCGGACUCUCUGCUCAAGUACGACACCCCGGUGUUGGUGAGCCGGAACACGGAGAAACGGAGCCCCAAGGCUCGUUCACUGAAAGUCAGUCCCCAACAGCCUGGACCCUUGGGUCCAGUUCCACAGCCACCAAAGACCAAGCUCCCCUCAACUUCCUGUGUCCCAGAUCCUACAAAGCAGGCAGAAGAAAUCUUGAAUGCCAUCCUGCCCCCAAGGGAGUGGGUUGAAGACACACAGCUAUGGAUCCAGCAGGUGUCCAGCACUCCCAGCACCAGGAUGGAUGUGGUGCACCUCCAGGAGCAGCUAGAUCUGAAGCUGCAGCAGCGGCAGGCCAGAGAGACAGGCAUCUGCCCUGUCCGCAGGGAGCUCUACUCGCAGUGUUUUGAUGAGCUGAUCAGGGAGGUGACCAUCAACUGUGCAGAGAGGGGACUGCUGCUGCUGCGAGUCCGGGACGAGAUCCGCAUGACCAUUGCUGCCUACCAGACUUUGUACGAGAGCAGCGUGGCGUUUGGCAUGAGGAAGGCACUGCAAGCCGAGCAGGGGAAGUCAGACAUGGAGAAGAAAAUUGCAGAACUGGAGACAGAAAAGAGAGAUUUGGAGAGGCAAGUGAAUGAGCAGAAGGCAAAAUGUGAGGCCACCGAGAAGCGGGAGAGUGAGAGGCGACAGGUGGAGGAGAAGAAGCACAAUGAGGAGAUCCAGUUCCUGAAGCGGACGAAUCAGCAGCUGAAGGCCCAACUGGAAGGCAUUAUUGCACCAAGGAAGUGAUAAUUUCCAUAUCGGUCUCAGCAAGCACUACUACCCCAUCAUAAGCCCUUUGUAAUAAAAGCUAGUUUCCCAAGUGAACAAGCCAUACCCCUCC